AUGAAUGUUUCCAGACCAUGGGUUUGCACACGAUGUGCUAGGUCUCUGAUAAGAAGAGCCAGCCUGGUCCCUCGCGCAACACUCUCUCCGGCACAGCAACGAGGAUAUACUGUCCACCCUAUCGCCCAUAAUGGAAGACCGUUCCGCAUGGCCGUCAUCGGGUCAGGCCCGUCUGGGUUCUAUACUUCGUAUAGGAUAAUGUCCAAUAUCGAGAAUGCUGUUGUUGAUAUGUAUGAGCAUCUACCAGUGCCAUUUGGAUUGGUGCGGUUUGGCGUUGCACCGGAUCAUCCUGAAGUCAAGAAUUGCCAGGAGAAGUUCCAGGAAGUCGCAGAAUCCCCACGAUUCAACUUUGUCGGCAACAUCUCGAUUGGGGAUCGACCUGGAGAAUUACCAUUAGAAACUCUUUUGCCACAUUACGAUGCCAUUUGUUUUGCUUACGGAGCAUCCAAAGACCGGACGUUAGGUAUUCCUGGGGAAGAUACUUUGAAAGGCAUAUAUUCUGCUCGAGCUUUUGUUGGAUGGUAUAAUGGUCUCCCGGAAUAUUCUGACCUAGCACCGGACCUGACACAAGGAGAAGAGGCUGUCAUUGUUGGUCAGGGAAAUGUGGCACUGGAUGUUGCACGGAUUCUUUCGGAAGAUGUGGAUGUUCUACGAAAGACUGAUAUUACGGAGCAUGCUUUAGAGGUAUUGAGCAAGAGUAGAAUUAAGAGAGUCAGAGUUGUGGGACGAAGGGGUCCUAGACAGGCUGCCUUUACAAUCAAGGAAAUUCGAGAGCUAAUCAAUCUUAGCAAUGUUGCAUUUCAUCCAGUGGAUGAUUCUUUAAUUCCAGAGGAUAUCUCCCAUAUACCAAGACCACGUCGGCGAAUUAUGGAGCUCCUGAGGAAAGGCGGCAGUACAUCAGUUUCAGAAGCUCUCAAAUCUUGGUCUCUAGAUUUUUGCCUAUCCCCUAACUCGUUCAAUUCAAAUCCACAGUCACCCGGCCAAAUAGGCAGCAUAUCUUUUGAGAAGACAACCCUCUACCCAGGACCAUUUGAGCAAGAUGCUAAAGCAGUGGAGACGGGAGAAAUCGUCGACAUUCCCGCAUCUUUGGCUUUUCGCUCAAUAGGCUAUAAGUCUGAAGCUCUUCCGGGUUUCAAGAAGCUAGGCAUUCCAUUUAAUAACCGACAAGGGCUUAUUCCGAAUGAUGGCGAAGGACGUAUUAUCCCAGAUACAGACGAGAUAUUCAUAUCUGCCCUGCCUGGCAUGUACUGUGCUGGAUGGGUGAAAAGAGGCCCUACUGGUGUUAUUGCCAGUACUAUGACAGAUGCAUUUUCGACAGCAAAUGCCAUUGCUAGGGAUUGGCACUUGACUGACUGGCCAUUUCUUGGUGACCUAGAUGAGUGGAACGUCUCUGGACUAGGAUGGGAAGGUGUGAAAGCUAUAGCCGAGAAAAGAGGUUGCAGGAGAGUUAGCUGGGAAGAUUGGAAGAAAAUCGAUGCUGCAGAGAAGGAGAAAGGUCAAAAAAGGGGCAAGGUAAGGGAGAAAUUCACAAAAUUAGAUGACAUGCUCGCAGUUCUGGACUAG